AUGUUGAUGAAACUGACGAGAUUCACGCAGGUGGACUUGCAAUAUCAUGACCUCUGCGCUCGAUUGGCGAAUGCAGUGGCUAGUUCAUCAUUCACCAACUUCGAACCCGAAGCGGCUGUCGCUCUGCUGCGCAAUUUCGUGCACGUCGCGGCGCUUGGUCCUGGGGAUUGCAUACUCAUAGGCAUCGACAGCUGCCAAGACCAAGAACGUCUGGCAGCCGCAUACGGAUCGCAAUCCACCCACUGGCGCAAAUAUGCUCAGAACGGGAUUCGAAAUGCAGGAAAGAUACUUGGCGGCAGCGCCGCAUUAGCAUUGCAGGAUGCCCGAGACUGGGAGUACAUCGCUCGCUGGGACAAUCUGCGAAAAAGACAUAUCCGAUUUGUCAAAGCCAGCAAAGCCUUGGCGUUCGAAAUCCCGUCCUCCUAUAGUCCAGAGUUGAAGGAGACAAUCAAGAUUGCGAGGGGAGAGCAUAUUUUCCUCAGCCAGUCGUAUAAAUACAGCCGGGCCGAGUUGAGACUGCUCUUUCGUGAUGCCGGUCUUGCUGUGACGAACGAAUGGCAGAAUGAGCGUGAUGAUGGGGCCGUGUAUCUCCUUCAGAAAGCAUGUUGA